UGAAGAGAAAGAAACUAAUUGGAAGAAGCAGCAAAAAUGGAGCAACUUGCAAACUCGUUUUCGGUGUUAGAACUCGACGUUGAUGAUAGUGACGUUCACCCUCUUUCUCUUCCUUCCUCUUCCAUUGCCACCACUGCUUGUAGUAGCGACAAGAGAGUUAAUGGCAAUGCUGACACUUUACCGGUAAAAAAAGGGAAGCAAGACCAACAAGAUCUAGUAACGUCUUCACGUGAAUACAAGUUACCUCUUGUCUGGAUUGACUUGGAAAUGACUGGUUUAAAUAUUGAAGUGGAUAGGAUACUGGAGAUUGCUUGUAUUAUUACGGAUGGAAAGUUAACCAAAACAGUGGAGGGUCCUGAUUUGGUCAUCCAUCAAACUAAGGAGUGCCUUGACAGGAUGGGGGAAUGGUGUCAAAGUCAUCAUGCAGCUAGUGGGUUAACAAAAAAGGUGCUUCAAAGUACAAUUACUGAAAGAGAAGCUGAAAAGCAGGUUAUUGAAUUUGUUAAGAGACAUGUUAGUUCAUACACACCUCUCUUGGCAGGAAAUUCGGUAUAUGUGGAUUUUCAAUAUCUGAAGAAAUACAUGCCAGAAUUGGCUGCUCUUUUCUCUCAUGUGCUUGUUGAUGUUAGUAGUGUUAAAGCUCUUUGCAUUCGCUGGUAUCCUAAGGAUCAAAAGAAAGCGCCUUCAAAAGAAAACAGACACAGAGCCUUGGAUGAUAUUAGAGAAAGCAUUGAAGAACUUAGAUACUACAAAGCAAAUAUUUUCAAGUCGAAGUCAAGGAAGUGAUAGACAAGGCAGCGUAUGAAUCUUGAUGGAGACAUUUCCAAGUCAAGUGUUAAGCCUCAUUGCUAUUGAAGUUUUGCCACCGACUCAAAUGGCUCUUGAUUUUGGAUAAAAAUAUAAACCUCAAUGGUAGUUGUAAAAUCUCAUUUGACAUGCAAGUUUACUUAAGUUUCAACUCCUUUAAUUUCACUUUGUGUAAAUUUGUUCGAAGGAGAAAAGGAAAUGCAUGGAUACC